AGCAGAUGAGUUUACGCCGCGCUCUGUGCAAUAUAGCGGGUUGGGUUUGGAGUGGUUUCUGGGACAACCCCUCCAUCAGCAGGUGCUGGCGGCGUCCAUGAGUGGCCAGAGCUGUUUUAGAAAGCACAAAUCGUUCCUUCGCUUUUCCCUCUCCCUCUUGGGAUGCUCGAGGUGCCCAAAGGGCAAGUGCCUGGCACAGCAGACACCCGCAGCCCGGUGGGCAAUGAGGGUCUGGUGGUUGUGGCUGCAUGGCUGGAUCCGCACAUGGAAGAGUUUGCCAAGGAGCACUUUAAGGGACUGGUGGUUGCAUUUGGCCCAGGGCUGUCCAGCAUCGUUGGCUGUUGGAUACAGAUGCGAAUUCAGGGUCCCGAGUUGUCAGCCCAGCUUUGUGAACCAUCUGCCGCUCUCUGGAGCUGCCAGCACCUGGAGCUGGGUGGUGACUCAGUGUCUGGAAAAUCGCGAGGGCCAUGCCACAGGGAUGUGCUUAGGUUUCCACUCCUUCCCCAUAUCGCAUCUUAGUGCUUGGGUGUCGGGAUGGGCUCAGGUUUCAGCCUGCCUCAGUGUCUGAAACACUGAGUGCUCCCAAAGCGCCAAAUCAGGUCUUUUAAGAAAUUACCAAGGGGGGAAAAUGGGGCAUUCGGUCCCGCUGUGGGGAGGUUUGUCUUGGAGGAUGGAGAUGAGCAGGAGUGAGAUUUAACAUCCACAGGAGCACUGGGGAGGGAGGCUGUUGGGAGUGAUGGGGUGGCAGAUGAAACACACCUUGUAUCAGUAGGGAUUGGGUUGGGGGACCAAAAGACAGCAGCAAAGACACUGAAAUCUUAUGGCUGUAUGUCUUAUAUGGCACACAUGAAAUAAGCUAAGAGUGGACUGGUGCUUUGCACCAGGGUUUUGUGUGCCUGCCUGCUGGACCACGUCCUAGCCUGGGUCUGGCUCCUUUGGUGGGAGCCAUGAAAUUACUGCAGUUAUUGCUCUCCUUUCUUUUUUGGGCAGAUUUCUGUCGUUCUGGCAUGGUGCUGCAUGGAACAACUUGUAUUUGGUGUUUUGCUUUUGCCACAGUGGACACAAACUGCGUGGUUUUAGUGGAUGCCUGUCUGAGAGCUGCUGGCCCUGCCAGUGCUAAGGAGCUGGCUGCCGGGCUCUGUGUUACCCCAUGGAUUGUAACUUCAAGGACAGACUGCCUCAUGCUUCCCCAGGGGCUGUAGGACAUCUCCAAAGCGGACACAGAGUUGUCCUUGAAGGGAGAGCACUGUCCAGUGCACUUUGAUACAAAUAGACCAGGAGGGCUCACUUUAUUUUAAAGUCUCCAGAAAUCUUUGCCGCUUAGAAAUUCGGGUGCUGUGAGGUGCCUCCAGGCUGGUGAAAGUGAGAGCCCUCAGUCAUGGUUUAGUCAUGAGCUAGCAGCACUGCAGGUGGUGUGCAGGGUUAAAGUGAAUAUCCAGCUUAUUAAAACUUCAUCUUGCUAAUUAGCACAGGGUGAAGAACAAAGACAGACCAAUGUUGUAAAGGGGGAAUUGUCAGGAGUGUUAAAUAUUAAGUUAUCUGCUGCCAGAAUUGACUCCCAGUGGUCUUUUUGUAUUCAUGGUUAGGCACUGGAUGAGGUGUCUAAAUGGGUUUAGAGCAUCGCUUGACACUGGCAGCUUUAAGGGACAUAACCGGGCUGUAAAGUGACAAUUCCUACAAUAUAGGUGAAAGUAUUUAAGGCUGGGCAGAGCUAAUACUGCAGUUUCAAUCCUCCUGUCUGCUAUUCCAGGUGGAGCAAGGUGUCAGGAAUGCGUCUACACUUUGCAGAUGAGCUCUCUAUUCACGUGCCCCCCUCAGAUUUGGGGUUUAUCCUCUGGAUGCCUAGUGCCGUUUAAUCCUGGCUUACAAACCAGCCGGUAGUGGUAGGGCUGCUUGUUUCUCUUUGCUUAAGGCAGCCUCUUUACUCUGCUGAAUCAUGACUCUGCUUAAAGUCACAAGACUUGGGGAAGAAAAAAAACCCCACCAGAAAAACCAAACAAAACCCCGUCUUGUUUUUUGUUUUGCCUUCUGAUUCUGGAGAGCCUGCAGAUGCAGGAGGGGAUGAGUCUAGCAGUCCUUCCCACUUACCUGGCAGGGAGGAGAGAUGCCAGCCCGAACCCCGCGACUCCAGGAGCUGAGGCUUUGCAAAGCGUGUGCCCUUCACGCCACCACGAUGCCUGCAGCACCCGCCUCUUGGCCAGGCGCAGCUGCCUUGGCACACCCCAGCUGGAGGGCUGGCUGCUCACGCAUCCGUCACGGUGCCUGAGAAAACACGCCGCUGACGUGCUGGUCCCCUCCUCCAGCCCACGGACGCACGCUGCUCCAGCGGGGCGCAGCCAGUGCGUAGCCCUGAAACACCCCUGUGUGAUGGAGAGGACAAAGCUGCUGGGGACGUGGAGAUGUAGAAACGCUUAUUUUUCAUGUGCUUAAAAAAACAGCUGUAGCAGAGCCAGGCACCGGGCAGGGAUCCCCAGGAGGCGAUGGAUGGAGACAGGUGCUCUGGGACUCUGCAGAGGUGGGAACUUUCCUAACAGUCCAUUUUCUUCUCCUGAGAGCCCCAGGCUGGCUGCAAAGAGAUCUUCCUUCCCACCCCACUGCAAAAAGCUCUAGAGAAAGCAGAGCAUCAUGUACACCUUCCUGCCCGAGAACUUCACACCAGUGAAGCAGAAGCCCUCCAAGGAGCUGAGGCCCAUGCUUGGGGCCAUCUUGCUGGGCCUCAUCCUGUUCAUUGCAGCGGUGGUGGCUUGGUGCUACUACACAGUGUCCCUGCGGAAGGCGGAGCGGCUCAAGACGGAGCUGAUGGACCUGCGGGCGGAUGGCUUUGUCAUCAGGAACCAGCACGGGGAGGUGGUCUUCCGCCUGGCCUUCCGCUCGGGCAGCCUUGACCUGGAGUCGUGCUCCAAGGAGGGCGAGAUUUUGAGCUGCACGCGGUCGGGCAGGGGCCCGCUCAACUUCUUCAUCCAGACGGUGAAGCCCAAGGACACGGUGAUGUGCUACCGUGUGCGCUGGGAGGAGCUGGCGCCCGGCCCGGCGGUGGAGCACACCAUGUUCUGGGAGGACGCCCACUGGUAUGGGGGCUCAGAGAUGAGCACCCAGCACUGGCCCAUCCGCCUGGCGGGCUACCAGGAGCCCAUGCCCUACGUGACCAGUGACGUCUACUCGUUCCGUGACAGCUUUGGCGGCAUCCUCGAGCGCUACUGGCUCUCCUCCAAGGCGGCGGCCAUCAAGAUCAACGACUCCGUGCCCUUCCACCUGGGCUUCAAUGCCACCGAGCGCACCCUCUUCUUCCAGGCCCGCUACAAGGACUCACCUUACAAGCCCCCACCGGGGCAGCAGCCCUUCCCCGAGCUCAGCUACCGCGUCUGCGUGGGCUCCGACGUCACCUCCAUCCACAAGUACAUGGUGCGCAGGUACUUCAACAAGCCCUCCAAGAUCCCUGCUGAGAACGCCUUCCGAUACCCCAUCUGGUCCACCUGGGCCCUCUACAAGAACAAUAUCGACCAGGAUAAACUCUUGCGAUUUGCUGAAAAGAUCAAGAAGUACCGUUUUAACUGCAGCCACAUUGAAAUCGAUGACAUGUACACACAAGCUUAUGGGGACUUUGACUUUGACCCUGUCAAGUUCCCCAACGUAACAGAGAUGUUUGCAAAACUGAGGGAAGACGGGUUUAAGGUCACCCUGUGGACUCACCCUUUCAUAAACUACAAUUCCUCCAAUUUUGGGGUGGGAAUUGAGCGUCAGCUGUUCAUCAAGGAGCCGUCUGGGCGGCUGCCUGCCAUGGUGGAGUGGUGGAAUGGCAUCGGGGCCAUCCUGGACUUCACCAACCCAGCAGCCCGGGACUGGUUCCAGAGCCACCUGCGCCAGCUCCGACACAAGUAUGGCAUCUCAUCCUUCAAGUUUGAUGCAGGUGAGACCAGCUACCUGCCCAAGCAGUUCAGCACCUUCCGCCCACUCUCAGACCCCAGCAUCUGGUCGCGGCGCUACACGGAGAUGGCCAUCCCCUUCUACGAGCUGGCUGAGGUGCGGGUGGGCUACCAGUCACAGAACAUCUCCUGCUUCUUCCGCAUCAUUGACCGUGACUCUGUCUGGGGCUAUGAGCUUGGCCUCAAGUCCCUCAUCCCCACGGUGCUCACCAUCAGCAUGCUGGGGUACCCCUUCAUAUCCGCUGACAUGAUAGGCGGGAACUUUCUCCCCAACAAGACGGAGGGCGCGGUGGAGAUCCCCGACCGGGAGCUGUACGUGCGGUGGCUGGAGCUGUCAGCCUUCAUGCCCUCCAUGCAGUUCUCCAUCCCGCCCUGGCUCUAUGACAAGGAGGUGGUGGAGAUUGCACAGAAGUUCACGGAGCUCCAUGAGUCGCUGGUGGCCCCGCUGCUGCUGGAACUGGCUGGGGAGGUCACUGACACAGGUGACCCCAUCAUCCGUCCAAUCUGGUGGAUCUCACCCCGCGAUGAGGCCACUCACAGGAUCGACUCCCAGUUCCUGAUCGGGGACACCCUCAUGGUGGCACCUGUCCUGGAGAUGGGCAAGCAGGAACGCGACGUCUACCUGCCAGCGGGCAAGUGGCGCAGCUACAAGGGGGAGCUGUUUGAGAAGACCCCGGUGCUGCUCACGGACUAUCCUGUUGACCUGGAUGAAGUUGCCUAUUUCCUCUGGGUUUCCUAACAGGCUCCUCCAUUAGCUUCUGGAUAACCAUGCCUUAUCUAGGACUUUGUAAGAAAUAAUAAUUCUAAUUGCACAUUACAUUUGAGACUGGGAUUGAGGAAGGGGAUUAAAUAGGCUUUACUCUCCUUGGGGUAAUUUUUUUUUUUUAUUUGGAGUCAAGGGGUGAUAUUUUUUUUUUAAUUUGGGUCAGGUGGGAGACUCUGGUUGGGUUACAGUAGGCAGAAUUUUUUCUGUAUAGGUAUGGAAGGAGUUGUCAGCCUGUCUGUAGACACAUAGUAACCCCAGUAUCUUUUCAGUUUCCAAUGUUUUGAAGAAGUGGAGGUUGGUUAGCAUCAGUGGGAGUGUUUCUGGUCUCGUGGGAGCACCCAGCGCUGGGCACGGGAGUAUGUCGUGUGGGAGGGUUGCUACAGCACAGCCUGCCGUAAGUUUUAUAACAUGACAAAUAUAUUUAAAAUUACUUUUUUAAGAGCAGAAAACUAACUAGAGAUAUCCGUAUGUACACAUGUUUUUCCCCUCUUUGGUCUAGUGUGGCACUGGACUAAGAGUUGCCCCAUGUUCCUGCUUUCCCAUAUACCAGGCGGGCCAGGUUACUCACGUGAUGUCCAGGUGUUUUAACUGUAUGGGCUGCGUAUUGCUUGCUGGGGCAGCUGCAUCCCACCUCCUCAUCCAUUUAACACCCACUGCAAGGCACUUGCCUGUGUGUUUUACCUUGAGUGUCAACAUUGCCUUUCCGAUAGUGGCCCCGUCCAUACCAGCGUGCCCCAUUACUCCUUUUAAAGCGUUUAUGGCCCUGCUUCAUUACCUGAUUAUCCUGCUGAUAUCAUCCCCUCUGGUUUUUAAGGACAGAUGAGCUUUCAGGUUUGUCGCUGGCAGAAGGACUGCCUGGAGCAACGCUGUUCUCAAAACAUAUGUGUGGCGCUUCCCCGGGAACAGCCGGUUCCCAUGAGUGGCACGUGUCUUGGAUUGACGGUGAUGUCUGCUGCUAGCCGGCUUGCCGGUGGGUGGAAAACACCAGCUUUUGCACUGGUGGGUCUGUGCCAGCGGGUGUUCUCACUGCACCCACGGAAGCGUUCCCAUCUACUGUGAAAUUAAGCUAAUACCCAUCUCCAUCUCAGGUUGCAGUUAGAGGUCGUGAUUUUUAGAGGGUUUUCCCAAAGCAGCACUCCUCUCUCCCUGAGAAAAUUAGGGGCCUUCCUCACGCAGCAUUUGUGGUGCUGGAGGUGUGGUUGCUGUCAGAGGCUUCUGGAGGGGACACGGGGUGACAUGGUGCUCCACCCCAAGUCCCCGUCAGCUGGGACGGAGCUGCAGAGAUGCCUCUUUCCCAGCUUUCCCAUUUGUUUUUGUACGGGAAGAUGCAUUUAUAGGGACUCAUGAGCAAUCUUUGCUCUGAGACAGAGCAAGCAAACAGGAUCGCAGUCUGGCAGCCUUCCUCCCCAGGGCAGGACAUGCCCGGCUGUGCCCUGGUUGAGAGCACAUUUCAGCACCUGAAUUUUUAAUGAGCCUCUGCGGAAUGGAGCCGUGUUGGCUGGUAAGGUUUGGGGCACUCUGCCCAGGCUACGGCCAGCCCAGGAGAGCUCAGCAUCUGUGGGGUUUCUCAUAGGAUUGUGUCUGGGCUGAGUGUCGGCCUGGCACGAGUCCGCCACCCAUGGUCCUGUGUUUUGGCUAGGGUUGGGUACCCGUGAGGAUCUUUCUCAAAGCCCAUCUUCCACCACUGGGCUUUGCAGGCUGCAGAAAAGAAGAUGCACUAAACCUGGGGGUUGUGUUGGAGUCCAGGAGCGGAAAUUCAGGUGUUUAGGGAAAAUCUGAAGUGCUUUUAUAGUUAGGAAGAAAGUGAGCAUGUCGACUUUGAAGAGUGCUUUGGAGCACAGGGUGCAGAGAGGGCUUCUCCAGCCCCAGCAAUGCAUGCUUUGAGGCCAUGCAGAAAGGCUAUGCUUUGAGGGGCUCCAGCUCUUCUCUUUCAACCUUUGCUUAUGAAAUACUUGUCCUCCCCUGGCAUAGGAGUCAUUGGGUCGAGGUGAUGUGGCUGCAUAGCUCAGCUGCCAGUGAAGAAGUGGGAUCCUUGAUACAGGACUUUAUGGGAAGGAUCUCAGCAUGACCAGGCGAUGUUGCGUGUCUUCUCAUCCCCUGUCUCCACUGUGCCAUUUACCAUAUCUCUUACUACUAAGAGGUAAGGCUACGUGAAGAGAAACACAACACUCCUCUUAGUAUCCCUUUACUACUAAAAUGAUGGGAGCAGCCAGAUGAGUGCCUUCCGUCUCCUUGCAGUGGUUUCAGGUGCUGUCAGGAAAGUCACAGAGGAAAUUCUCCAUUAGACACAGUCUUCCUUCCCCUCCCCUCAAAAGAAAGGAUUUUAUUAUAAAAUUUUAAUUUUCUUUUUAUUUUAUUAUAUGAAUAAAUGGGUAAGAUUGUGGAGUACUCUUAUUUUUCUAAAUGCUGUAUUUAGGGGGUAAGUGGUCAUGGCUAUUCAGUGCUCCAGCUAGGAGAGAGGUAGAGCUGUUGGGAGGACAUAAGGGAUGACGCUGAAGAACAGGUCUGUAUGGAUGGCUCUCUGUGGGUCCAUGGCACCUAGCCUGCCCCACAUGUUGGGGACAGGCUCAGCAGUGCUGCCUCAGGCUCUCACAGGCUUCUAGGUGCCCUUUCCAUCCAACUUUUUACCAAAACCACUAUUUCUAACAAUAUGCUGUAGCACUGCAGGACUCAAGGACCUCUAGGACCUCACAGACCACAAGCACUCUGUGCACAGACACUUUGGGAACUGCUACUAGGAAUAUUUCUGUGAUUUACACCGUGGGUCACUGGCCAAAGCUGGGUUUAGUUCAACUCUGCCAAGCAAAAGACCUGAAACAGGUCUGGGAGUUGGAUUCAGCCUUUUCCAUCCCAGCCUACAGCAGACCAUGGGUGAGCAGCAGGUCCACAUGAUGCCUGUAUGAUUGAAUUUUGAAGCUUGCACUGUUGUAUGUUGGAUUUUCUGGAUACUUGUGUUUGUACACACCAUCCUAUGUCAGACUGUAAUGCUGGUGGGUUUGUUUUUAACCACUUUUCUAAUCCUUAAUUGUUAAUGAAGACAGAACUGUAACUUGAAUCACCUCGAUUGAUAUAAAAUUUUGGAAAACAAAAGGAA